GACUACAUAAUUCAUGUUCAAGUCUACAAUCAAUUUGGCAACGCGGCCACAUCUGUGAAGAUCCACACCCUCCCUCGCUUGAGCAGCCUCAUCAUUUCCUCUUCAACUUUGAAACCACUUGUCGGAGGCACCGUCCAAGUGGAAGCUUCUGUCGAGCCCUCCGCAUCUGGAAUCCAGUACACCUGGGACUUUGACGAUGGCUCCGCAGCUGUCGGAGGCCCCGAGCCCAAAACCAGCCACACUUUUGCAUCUGCAGGCGUCUAUAACAUCACUGUGUGGGCUAGCAACGCCGUUACCUCGCUGACCGCCUCCCUUUUGGUGGUAGUCACGGAGGAAAUCUCCGGCUUGUCCGUCACAUACAGUGGACCAACUGAAGCGGGAUCUCCGACGGUUUUCAGAGCUACAGUUGCCUCUGGCACCAGUCUCCUCUGGAGUUAUGACUUUGGUGAUGGGUCAUGCCAGGAAAACGUUACACACGGUUUGGUCUCCCACAUUUAUACCCUUUCAGGGAACUACAGCGUUGGGGUGACUGUUUCUAACUCUGUCAGCCAGGCUCAUAAGAACAUCGCAAUUGAAGUGUACACUUUGGUUUUGAGUGGAGUUCUCCCAGAUGAUUGUGUCCUGAGUGGAGAAGAAGUACAACUUACAGCCAUAGUGAAUGGAAACAUUUCUGCCCUGACCUUCUACUGGGGGUUUGAAGAGGAUUCAUCGUCGAUUGUCGUAGCUGGACGGUCAACAGUUUUGCACGUGUUUCCAAACCAGGGGAUUUUUCAUGUCGACCUGACUGUGCGAAGUUCUGUGAGCGCUGUAUCAUUUAGGACAAGCAUCUGUGUUGAAAGUCCAAUAACCGACGUUUCAGUGCAGCCAUCAAAGGAUGUGGUGGCAGUGGGAGAGGAGGUGUGCAUCACGGUUUCAGUGCCCCCUAAAAAUGCUACAGGUUACCAGUUCAGGUGGUCUGUUGCCUCCACUGGUCACGCCACUACGACAGCAACAUCUCAGAGGUGUUUUUUCUUCAAGAAUGACGGCGUCGAGGAGGUUUCCGUAACAGCAAGCAACAAAGUCAGCAACAAAACCGCCACAGUUGAGGUUACGGUUCAAAAACCAGUGUCUCCGCUCUAUAUUGAGCACAACGUUGACACACUGGCCGUCAACACGUCGGUAUCAUUUUGGGUCGCCGGUGGCGUUGGCAGCAAUGUGUCCCUGCUGUGGGACUUUGGAGACAGGUCCCCUGUGGAGCAGAGGGAAAAUGUGUCUCAUGUCUUUACCUCUACCGGUAAAUUCAACGUGACCGCAAAAGCAUUGAACGCCGUGAGCCGGGCCUCUGCAACCAUCACAGUCGAGGUUUUGCCACUUGUUUCGGACCUUUCACUUUACACCAGUCACCCUCAUGCCGUAGUAGGAGAGGAAAUUCUUUUCACGGCAUAUAGCAGCGCCAUUAGCACCAGUGACUGCUACUGGGACGUGCAAGGUGUGACCACAACCAAGCAUGGCACUGGUAGCUUCCCUUUUACCUUUUCCAAACCGGGACGGUACCAAGUACGGGUGAUGGUGCAAAAUAGAGUCAGUAAAAAGGAAGCAGAUCUUUUGAUUGAGGCUUUUGAAAGAAUAGAAGGUCUUCAAAUUGAAUGUCAAAGCCUGUCCAAUGAGAAAUACAUACCGACUCAAGAGGAGUCGCUGCUUUCUGCGUCAGUCACCAAAGGAUCCAACAUCACUUAUCAUUGGCUUAUUACACAGAGUGGAACACAGCGGCAAAUAAGAGAUGACGGAAAGCUUUUUCGUAUUAUGGUCCCAACUCCUGGCAGGACCUCAGUUCAGCUUACAGCCUUCAACAUCUUGGGCGAGGCCACCACCAGUGUUUCGCUUGUGGCAGUAGAACGGGCAACAGGGGCUCGCAUCACGACCCCCUCCAUCACUGUGGCCCUGGGGAAAGCCAUCAACAUAUCAGUGUCUGUGGAUACCGGCUCACACCUGCAGUACCUUUGGUACGUGGGUGAUGAUGCCUCACCCCUGCUGACACGUACGCCCUUUGUUCUCUACACUUUCAAAAAUCUGGGUCACAGUCUUGUUCGAGUUUCAGUACAGAACGGUCUAAGCAAGAGUAACAACUCCAAGCUGUUUUUGAUUCUGGAAGAGAUCCGAGAGGUGGACUUUGUGAUUUGUGGGAAGAAACAUCCAUUUUUUGUGAAUGCAAGUACUCCUCUGCUUUUUAAAGGCCUGGCCCACAAGGGUAAUGAUCUGCACUGGGAUUGGGAAGUUAGACUUGCCAAAGAGACUGUUUUCACCUCCAUCAGUCCAACUUUUAGCUUAUCACUUCCACAAGCUGGUGUUUAUCUGGUGCUUCUGAAUGUCUCCAAUGAGAUAAGCUGGCAGGUGGUUUCACACAGCGUCACGGUUCAGGAGGCAAUUGGAGGUUUAAUGCUUAACGUUACCAAGACUUCUUUCUGCACAGAUGAACAAGUCAUGAUCAUACCAGUUACAUCCAAAGGUAGUAAUGUGAGCUUUGUUAUGACAUUCCAAAACAAAGAAUGGAUUCAAAGUUGGGAUAAUUUUGACAGCCAGCUCAACAUUUCUAGCCUUCCAGUUGGCCCACACCUGGUUACAGUUAAAGCUAUGAACCAAGUCAGUGAUGCAGAGAUUUCAACAAACAUUCUAGUAAGUGAGAGUAUUCGGGGUUUGAGACUUGUAAAUUGCUGUACUGCCAUGCUAGAGGCAUUUAAAGAAGUCCAGUUCAAGGCAGAAGUUCCAAGAGGGUUUCAUGCCAAUUACACAUGGGAAUUUAACAUGGAGGAGUCUCCCGUAGCAUGGCUCAUGGGGCAAGAGGUGACCUUUACUCCACCAGAGAGUGGUUUGCUGACUAUAAGAGUGAACGCCAGCAAUGGGGUCUGCUCCCAGACUGUGAAUGACACUGUGACCAUUGAGUGGCCUAUUAAAACAGUCAAACUUGUUUGCCAUGCACAGAGAGUAUUUGUCGGACAUGAGUUCGGGCUGUCAGCAGCAGUAAAUGGAGGAAGCAACGUCAGAUACCUUUGGGACUUUGGAGACACCACUCAAUUAUUUGAUUCGAGUGUUGCAAACCAUACCUAUGACUCAAAAGGAAAAUACAGCAUUGUGGUCAAAGCUUUCAAUAACGUUAGUGUUGCGUACACACAAAUGCAAGUGGAUGUGGAGGAACUUCUGUGUUCUAACCCAAAAGCUUCCCUGGUUCAGAGUCAGUCUACCAUCUUUAGAUCUAGACCAAGUUUCUUUGAGGCCAGUGUGGACCUAAACUGCUCUGCCUACAAGACCAAAUACCAUUGGGAAAUCUUCAGGGAGUCAUGUUCUACCAAAGGAAACAAAGUCAAACUUAGAAGCCAGCAAAAUGGAGCUUCGCCUCUUUUUGUACUGCCAAAGCAUGCUCUCAGUGUCGGAUGCUAUUGCUUGGUAUUCAUGGUGUCAUUCGAAGGAACUCCACUUAUGGCUCAACAGAGGACCAACGUUACUGUGGUCCAUUCCCCAUUAGUGGCAGUGAUCGAUGGAGGCUCACAUAGACUGUGGUCCAGUCGCAGUAGCCUUCUCCUGGAUGGAUCUGAAUCUCAUGACCCUGAUGUGGAGCCUGGAGUGGAGGACACACUGCAGUAUCGCUGGGCUUACUCAGUAUUGAACUCCACACACUCUUCUCAUUUAAGUGAGCCCAUUGGGAGUGUCAGUAGGAAGAUGACUUUGGAUGGAAAUCAGCUGCAGCCUGACUCGAUUUAUGUUUUUAUCCUCACUGUGCACAAGAAAGGGAGAAGACAUGUCUCUGUCAAUCAAACGGUAACUGUGACUGCAGCUGCUGUGCUUCCUGUCACUGUAAAAUGUGUAUCCUGUUCUGUCAUUUCCUCUGUGCAACACAGCAGUUACAGCCCUGUUAUACUUGCUGGACAAUGUAAACACUGUGAUGACCGCGUUCAGUACAAAUGGACAGCUGAGGACCACAAUGGCCUGGCCCUUGACCUCAACGAUGUCACCACCUCAACAGGAAGGCUUUCUCCCAACUUGGUGGUGCCUUCAGGUGUCCUGCAGCCAGGUCGGAGCUAUUCUUUCAUCCUAAAUGUAUCCCUGCCUGGCAGCCCUCUGCAGGGCAGUGCCCGUUUAACAGUCCGAACAAUGAGGCUUCCCCCUGAAGGGCUGUGUGAUCUCAGGCCAGAAACGGAUAUCCGUCUGCUCGAGACAAUGGUCACAUACAACUGUUCAGGAUGGCAGGAUAAUGACGGUGGGGGCUCUCAGCUGAUUUAUACCUUCCGGGUGGCGUUAUGCCAAGCCAGUACUGCUGCAUGCCAUUCGCUCACUCUAUACAGGGGUACUCGCUCAACUUUCAGCACCUUGGUUCCGGUUGGAAGUCUAAGACAUCAAACAAACACAUCUGUCAUCACAGUCACUCUGCUGAUCGAAGACCAUCUGGGGACAAAGUUCAUUGCUCUGAACAGAACACUGACAGUCACAAAUCCUCCAAGUGACAAAGCUGCCAGUCUGUGGCUCAAAGACAGGAUUCGAACAGAUCUGUGGACCUUAGUCCAACAUGGCAACCCUCAGGAGAUCAUCCCUUAUUCUAUUGCCCUCUCCAGCAAGCUCAACCAGGUGGAGUACAAAAUGACUCCAGAGGAACUGGUGGAGCAGAGAGAGAUCCGGAGAAAUGUUACCCAAGCUCUCGCCUCUCUCCCUUUGUCCUCGUUCGAAGAUGUUGACCAGCUCAGUUCAGCACUCAGGCUUUCUGUUGCUGUUCCCAGUGAGCUGCCAAGUGAAACCUGUCAGAGAGGAGUUCUGGAAGCUGUUGGGGAAAUGAUUCAUGUCAUGGGGCAACAAACGAGUCACGCUGAUUUACCAGAGGACACGGGACGGAACAUUCUCAGUGUUAUAGGCAGCAUGCUGGCUGCUGCGUCUGAGGCUGCCGGGGACUCCAGUUCUAACUCGCCUUACCACCGCACUCUGAGGGCAGCGGCAGAAAUCACCCUCUUAGCUCUCGGCCAUGCCGGAGCACUCAUGCACACGCUGAUGCGCUCACGUGUUCCCGGCGAGGCAUCGCUAUCGCUUUCCACCGAUUACAUCAGGACCGUUGGGUUUCUCGGAGACCCUCUUGACCUCCCGUGCACUCGUCCGUCAGACCGGUCCAGUGGACACCGAGUCGCCCCUUCAGGGUCAUCUUCACCUGAAGGAUCUGAGAGUCCUCUUCAGUGUCAGUUUCUUAUCCCAACGUCUUUGAGCGCUCUCCUGAAAAACCAGAGCUCAGAGGUGGUGCAGGUGUUGUAUGAUGUGGAUAAGGCAUUGCAUUCUAACCCCCUGUUGACCGCAGCCAGUCCGCCUAUCUCCACCACUGUGGUUGCCAUGGAGCUCAGCACACCUCAAGGCCAACCCAUAUCCAUCCAGGAUUUAAAUCCUCAUGACGCAAUACGAGUCACCCUGCCCAACAGGACCCCCCCGACCCAGGGUGCUGGGCGGGGGGGAGGGAGAGCGAGUGAAGCUGAGAAUGGGACGUGCCUGACUGUACCACUCCCCACCAGGGGACAGCUGAACUUCACAGUGAAACCUCUGGAUGACCUGGAGGUCAAUGCAGGUUUAUUCAUCUCGUUCAACUUCAGCCUGGCGCCAGGAGCUGCUCCAGUGAGUCUGGGACACAUCAAGGCCGAAGUGAUCGCCGAUGUGCCAGGGACUAAUGCAUCCCAGGAUUCCCUCGUGAGAGAGUGGGCUCUCUCUCUCCCUGCUCUGACCCCUUUCUCAGAGGAAACCAUCUUUUUGUCUCCACUUAUGGGGGGAACAUAUAGGCUGCUGUCUGUAAACCUGACCUCGUCUCUGGUGGACGGCGGGCCUGUCCAGGUGUCGGCAUGUGUGUUCAGCUCCCUGUGCCAGUACUACAGUGUCAGGGAAGGGCGAUGGAGCAGGGAUGGUCUCCUGCCCCUGGAGGGCACCACACUACACACCGCACACUGCCUGACUCGACAUCUCACCAUGUUUGGGGCCAGUGUGUUCGUUCAUCCUGGCGCCGUCGUUCUGCUUCCUCCAGCGGGGCCCGUGAGGAACGUGGUGGCCGGGAUUGUGUGUGCUGUCCUGGUUCUGCUUCACCUGCUCGUGGGACUGGUUGCACACAAACUGGACCACUUGGACAGCCUGAGACUGAGCCAGGUCCCUCUGUGUGGCAGACCAGGAUUGUACCACUACAGAGUGCUGGUGAAGACUGGCUGGAGGCCAGGGGCAGGCACCACCGCACAUGUUGGCAUUAGUCUGCACGGCAUGAACAAGAGUGGCUCUCGCCAUCUGCAGCAGGACGGAGCUUUUCAGCGUGGCGGCCUGGACCAGUUUCAGGUGGAGACAGAUGACAACCUGGGGGAGAUCUGGAAAAUUCGCAUCUGGCAUGACAAUACAGGGUUGGAUCCUUCCUGGUAUGUUCAGCAUGUGGUGGUUUGGGAUUCUCAAACAGAUCACAUGUUCUUCUUCCUGUUGGAUGACUGGCUCUCUGUGGAGAAUCAGAGGAGCAGCACGGUGGAGAGAGAAGUUCUGGCCUCGUGCCCAGAAGAGCUUACCGAAUUUGGACGAGUUCUCACCUCCCAGCUCAUAUUUGGGAUGGUGGGGCGCCACCUGUGGCUGUGGCUUUGGGGGCAGCGCACUCACAGCUGUUUCACCAGAGCUCAGAGGGUUUGGAGCUGCGCCCUCCUGCUCCACCUCUACCUGGCGCUGGGAGCCCUGUGGUACGGGGCAGUUAGCUUUGAAGGACACAGGAUAACGGAGUCAAGCCAUUCGAUCGUUAAUGGGGAGAUGGUUGCUGUGGGGAUGGGCAUUGCUCUACUCGUCUUUCCUCUCCAGUGCUUCCUCUGUUUCUUGUUUGAGAGAACUCACGGUCAGGUCACAGUAGAGAUGUCAGUCCCACCCUCGCCGGUUUGUCACUCUGUGGAAAUGGAUGUCUGCCUCUCCCAGUCGGAUAUCCCGAAUCCCUCCUACUUGUCUCUACCAGAUUCCUCCGGACUACUUCAUGAUAGUCCUUCAUCCUUGCUAGAGAGUAAGGCGUUAGACUCCAGUAUCUUGGACUUCUGGGCCGCCUCUGGCUUGGUCCCCCAGAGAGAUGAAGCAUAUGAAGAGGACGGUGUAAAGUCAUGGCCUUCAUCUGACAGCCUAGUGGAUGGACCUGCAGGAUCAUGUCCUGUAACUCUUACACCCGAACCCUGCAGGGCUUCCCCCGUUCAAGGCCCUACACACCAGCUGAGGAGGAAAAAAGCCCUGAUGCAGCUCCACCUAGCCCUGCCUGCAUCAGGUGUCUCCUCCGCUGCCCCUCCUCCUUCCCCUUGCUCGAAUUCCCUUCCUCGCAACAGUUCAUAUGACUCCUCUGUUCAGCCGGGCCAGAUGUUUCUCCACGUGAACCCCAAACCAGUCCCAAUCCAUAACCGCAACAUGUCAACCCUGCUAACUCUUUCUGAGGAGGAUCUGCUCAUGUCCAUAGCCGCGGCAGAGGACACAUCCGAUGCAAUCAACAGCAACUCUGACAGCGGGAGGGACUCCCCGAGAACCACUUCCUCAUUCUCAGCCACGCAAAGCACCUCUUGGAGCAGCUGGUCAGAGGAACAGAGCGAGGACAAUUCUCUGAAUAAAGCAAAGCUCAGCCAACCUGUCCCUCCGUCCAUCCCUCCAAUCCAGGCAGAGAAACUCAGCGAGUGCUCCUCUGUUCUUUCGGUGGAAUCUGUGGCUAGCACUUUCCUGCCAGGCUCUGUUGACAGUUCUGUGCACUCCACCUCUACCACACAUUUAGGAGUUGCCAGAGCUCAGCCCAGCUGGCUGCUCCCUCCCUGGGCGCUGUGUGUCAUUUACCCCGUCGUGGCUGUGUUGCUGGGGGCCUGCCUUGCAGUGGUGGGACUCUAUGGAAGCCUCUUCUCCAAAACGGUUUUAUUCAUGUGGCUGGUGUCUGCUCUUUCUGCCCUUUUUACCUCCGUUGUGCUGCUGGAGCCACUCAAGGCCACGCUGUGGAGGCCCGUGGAUCCUGAAGUGGAGGAGCGGCUGGCUCAGGACACCACGGUGGUCAGGGCCCGUGGAGAGCCCGGCGGGAAGGUCCGGCCGCCGUGCGGCUUCGGGCUGCUGCAGGCCAGAGAAGAGGCCCGCAAAGUCCGAGCCCUGCGGAUUCUCAUGAGGGUCGGGAUGAGAGACGAGCGCUCGGCGGUUGUUUUGUCCUCGGAAGCGUGCGGUCUUGUUUUUAAUCGUCCUUUUGCUGCUUCCCCGCAGCACUGCGUGGGCCAGCUGUUGUUCCUGCUGCUGGUUCUGAUGGAGAACCACCAGGACAGGUGGGAGCAGAGGCAGGGCGGGCUGCUGCUCUCCGCCGUCCGGCAGCAGCUCCGCACAGCACCCACGGGGUCCCCUAACCUCACCUCACUCAGAGACUGGUCAGAUGCUGAGCUGUGGAUCGGUCACACCUUGGUGCCACACCUCCACCAGAACCCCGGCCUGCGGCUGGCAGGACUGCCCCGGCUGCACUUCAGACACGCGCUCGGGCUUUUGGAGGAAGUUUUCCUGGGAAACAGCAGUGAAGCAACCCUCGGGCUUCUGGCCGGGACUCAGCUGGCCGACAAAAGCAGGAGACAGUUUACAACCCUGGCUAUCGACUUCACACAUUACCACAGAGAGACCGGAUUAUUCAUCUGUGUGUCUGUGGGGCUGAAGUUGACUCGGACACAGGGGGUCACCUCCCUCCUCUCCAUCCAUCCGCUGUUCAUCCCCUCAUCUUCCUCAGGGAUGGAGUUUCCUGUUGCGCUCGCGAUUCUUCUCCUCAUCUCUGCGCUUUUCAUCGUGUUCGGGGAGCUGUGGUCCGUGGUCGUGGAGCGUGCCCAGUACGUUCAUCGGUGCCAUCACUGGCUCCAGCUGCUCAUGGCCUUGUUGUCUAUGGCGACAGCCACUCUCCAGCUUUGUUCCCUCUCUCUUUCUUCUUCAUGUGUGUCAGAGCUGAAAAUCAAGCCAGACAACUUCAUCGAUUUCCAUGAAGCCGCCUCCCUGGCGGUGAGGUUCUCUCAGUGUGCAGCAGUGCUGCUUUCUCUGCUGGUUCUCAAGCUGCUGGGAACCUUACGGUUUGUGCGGCGGUGGGUGAUCAUAGGCAGAGUGCUGCGGAGAGCCUGGAGGGAACUGUUGGCGGCGGCUGUAUUGCUACUUCUGCUGUUGAUGCUCUGCACUCACCUCGGGAACAUGCUUUUCUCCCAAACGGUGGAAGGUUUCCUAUCGGGAGAGGAGGCCGGCGUCUCAGUCCUGUCCAUUCUGCGGAGCCGGACGGUGCUCCAAAAGCUCUGCAGGGUUCAUCCAGUCCUGGGACCUCUCUAUGGACUGUUACUGAUGGGGGGGAGCGUUUUUCUUUUUACCAAACUAUGUGGAGCCGUUCUCCUCCACACCUAUAGGGAAGAGCAAGAUGGGCUCUUCCAUCCAACCAUCGGACCCCAGGAUUAUGAAAUGGUGGAGUUCUUCAUCAAGAGACUCAAACUCUGGAUGGGAAUAACCAAGGCUAAACAGUUCAGACACAGGGUGACGUUUGAAGGCAUGAACAUCCCUCCCUCUCGAUCCUCACGGGAUUCUUGUUUCUCCAUCUUGAGCUCCACCCUUCCUUCUUCCCGCUCCUCCUCUUUUUCAUCCUCACCAUCAUUGCCCCAACAACUUCCUUUCGAUACUUCUUUCAUCUCUGACGACUUACCAGUGAGCAGUCCAAGGUUUGAAGUCCAGUCUUACCUGGACAACCUGGACCCCGUAAUCGAUGAUCUGCUGUUACGUUUUGACCGAGUAAACCAAUUAACUGAAGACAUUCAUGACCUGGAAAUUCAGCUAGAGGAAGCUCAGUCCAGGAGAAGGAAAAGGCGGAUGAGCACCCGGGAGAAACGAGAAGGGAUAUUAGUAGAAUUAGAAAAACCAAAGGAACUAGAUGAGGACAGAACAAAAGAAGUAAGACACAGAAAGGUGGGGAUUCUUCACCCAAGGCCACAGAAUUCUGUCACGUCUUUGUUUCCAAUCUCGUCCUCACCAUCUCAGUCAUGCGUCUUUCCCCGAGUACGGAACUCCUACUCUGAAUCAGAGUCACUGCCAGCCCAACAGCCGAUUUACAGCGAGAGUUCUUCUCAAGCUGCCUCACCUCAGUCUGGAAUCUGUGGCUUGAACAUGAGUUCCACAGGGUUUGGCUGGAUCCCUCGAAGGAGAGCGUGGCAUUCAGGGAGCUCUCAUUCAGCUGACGUUGCUCAGAGGCCUUUCCGGCCCUCUGGGGAUACUCUAUGUAAGGGUGGAGAAGAACAUUUUGAACUUACAAAUGCCAGGCCUAGAAGUGAGGAGGGGUUAAGAGGGUGUAUCUGUGAUGGGCUUCCACCUAAGAGGAAGGCUUGGAUCUCUGAGGGACUGGAGACUGAGGAAGAC